AUGGCCUGCUGCGCUACUAGCUUCUGUGGCUUUCCCACAUGCUCCACCGGUGGCACCUGUGGCUCUAGCUGCUGCCAGCCCAGCUGUUGUCAGACCAGCUGCUGUCAGCCCAGCUGCUCCCAGUCCAGCUGCUGCCAGCCCAGCUGCUCCCAGUCCAGCUGCUGUCAACCCAGCUGCUGCCAAUCCAGCUGCUGCCAGCCCUGCUGCUCCCAGUCCAGCUGCUGCCAGCCCUGCUGCUCCCAGUCCAGCUGCUGCCAGCCCAGCUGCUGCCAACCAAGCUGCUGUGGAACUGGCAGUGGCCAGGAGGGUGGCAGUGGAGCCGUGAGCUGCCGCGUCAGAUGGUGCCGCCCAGACUGCCGCGUGGAGGGCACCUGCCUGCCCCCCUGCUGUGUGGUGAGCAGCACACCCCCAACCUGCUGCCAGCUGCACCAUGCCCAGGCCUCCUGCUGCCGCCCAUCCUACUGUGGACAGUCCUGCUGCCGCCCAGCCUGCUGCUGCUACUGCUGCCCUCCAAGCUGCUCUGAGCCCAGCUGCUAA